AUGUAUCAAGUUUCUGGUGGCAAAUUGUUCUGCAAGGCGUGCAACGUGAUCCUGGACCACACCAGAAAGUCAUCUGUUGACAACCACAUGGCUUCGUUGAAACAUGCUAAGAGGAACACCGAGCAAGAGGCGACAGGACAGCCUCCUAAGCGACAGGCUACCUUGAGUAUGGCCGUAUGUCGGCCAGUUAAAUCGACUAUUGCUAGUGAAGAGAGGAAUGAGCUGUGCCAGGAGUGGGUGUCCAUGCUAGCAGCAGCCAGCAUCCCAAUUAGUAAAACUGAUCACCCUGCGGUUCGUCAGUUUCUCCAGAAGCGGGUGCCAAAUGGAGGAAGCACACCACAAACACACCGGCCCCAAGCAUGCUACCUUCAGAGGGAGACGAAAGUCAUUGGCUUAUGAUAUUUACAUUCUACUGGAAUGGAGCAAAUCUUGAGAGAUGCAAAAAUUGGAAGGUUUAGAUCUAUACUCUCAAAACAGUGCGCACGGUUAGUGAACGGAAACCUCUUUUUAUAAAAUUACACAGAGUCAGAAGCGUUGGCCAACAAAAGCGACCAGCGAAAUAUAUAGAAGUUUAACUUUUUGCAGCAAAACUCUCCCAAAACUGAAAAAAACGAAGGGCGUCAUGAUC